UGCGAGCAGAAGGAGACAUCCGCUCCCGGGGCAUCAGAAGACCGGCCUCGGCUGCAGAGCAGCGGAAUGUGGAACUGACACCGGAUGACGAGCGGGACUCCGCCCGCGCGGAGCAGGAAUCUGUUUCUCCACGCAAACAGGCAGUUUGCAGCUCUGCGCGCGGCGGCGGAGCAGGGCGCGCUCCCGGGAUGUUCUGAAGUCUCCUUUCUCCCACAGGCCGGAACCGGAGGAGAAGCUGCGCUCCGACGGGGAGCCUCUUAACGGAAUCCUGGAUGAGAAAACGUCCCUUCUGCUCCCAUACGGCUUUCUGAUCCCGUCGCUGGAUCCUCCUCGCGCUUGCAGGCGCGCGCCGGAGCAACAGAGGGACUCGGAUUCUGGAUUUUAGGAAUCAGCUCCCAGCAUCACUUUCUGUCCCCCCCUUUGGGAUUUGGAGUUUUCUGUGGCGGGUUCAACGCGGUUUUGACGCGCAUGGCGCGAGCUGGCGCAAACCCGCUCACUUUCGCCCCGCAGUGCAUUUGGCGUGCCGGGGGACUCUGAAGGGAGUUUUCUCCGUCAACCCCCCACCACCGCCCCCCAGGUCGGUGCUUUUUCUGGUCGGACGUCCAUAUAUACAUUUUUCGCUUGUUUGCGCGCGCACACGCACAGUCCAGCCUGCACGCUCGGAUCUGCUCUGGAUGGGGAACGGGAGGACGCAGACGCGGGAACCGGGAGUUUUUGGGAUGCGCCGUUUUUUCAGGCUUUGAGGAUAACGCCACGCGGAGUGUUUGGGAGGAGGAGGAGAGGAGCGGAGAUCCAUGAAGGUACCAGGAGGGACUGAUAGCACCACCAGAUGACAGAACGGUGGGAGGGUGUCCUUGUUAGCUUGUCAUCCCGUUGUAACCCUCAAGCAAGUGAUGUGACCGGAAUUUCAAUUCGUCUUUAAAGCCCCCACCCCGCCUGCAGACUUCCUGAGAACCUCAGUUGACAGAGCCAAUGGCUAUGCUUUUGAGUGCUGAAAGUGCAUCUGCUCCACGCUGAGGUUGAAGUGCAGGAACCUGGAGGAAGACCAGGACAGCUGCUCCUGAUUCAAGGCGGUGCAGAUCAGAUCCAGCCAACGCUGAUCCGGACCCCAGAGAGCGGAACCUUGAAAGAUCAGCCGGCAAGCAGCCAUGGACGCCAUCACGUCGCUGGUCUGCCCCGUCCUCGUCCUGCUGUUCUUCCCCCCCUGUGUCCCCUCCAUGCUGUGUCCAAAGCGCUGCACCUGCCAGAACCUGCUGCCGUCCUACACGGUGCUGUGCGCCAAGACGGGCCUCCUCUUCGUCCCGCCCAACAUCGACCGGCAGACGGCCGAGCUCAGGCUGAUGGACAACUUCAUCACCACGCUGAGGCACCGGGACUUCGCCAACAUGUCCAGCCUGAUCCACUUGACCCUCAGCAGGAACACCAUCAGCCAGAUCAGGCCGUACACCUUUGCUGACCUCCAGGAGCUCCACGCCCUGCACAUGGAUGCCAACCGCCUGACUGUCCUGGACGACUCCCACUUUCAGGGCCUGGUGAACCUGAGGCACCUCAUCCUGGCCAACAACCAGCUGCACAGCAUAUCUGAAGGAGCCUUCCAGGACUUCCUGGAGACUCUGGAGGACUUGGACCUGAGCUACAACAACCUGGUGGACAUCCCCUGGGACACCAUCGCGUUGCUGGUCAGCGUCAACACGCUCAGCCUGGACCACAACCUCAUCGAGAGCGUCCCUGAGGGAAUCUUCUCCAACCUGCACAAGCUGGCCAGACUGGACAUGACGUCCAACAAGCUGAAGAAAAUCCCCCCGGACCCGCUCUUCCUCCGGAUCCCGGUUUACGCCAAGAUGAAGGGCUCGCCGCUCACGGCGCUGGUGCUGAGCUUUGGCGGGAAUCCUCUGCACUGCAACUGCGAGCUGGUGUGGCUGCGCAGAGUCACCCGAGAGGACGACCUGGAGACCUGCGCGUCGCCCAAAGACCUCGCUGGCAAAUACUUCUGGACCAUCCGUGAGGAAGAGUUUGUUUGUGAGCCUCCUAUGAUAACCCGACACACCUCCAAGAUGUUUGUGAUGGAAGGUCAGGAGGUCAGCCUGCGCUGCAAGUCCAUCGGGGAUCCUGAGCCGUCGACGCAUUGGGUCAGUCCUGACGGGAAGCUGAUCGGAAACACUUCCAGAACCGUCUGCUACGAAAACGGAUCACUGGACAUCCUCAAGGCGUCCGUCAAGGAUUCUGGGAAGUUUACAUGUAUAGCUUCCAACGCAGCCGGUGAGGCUACAGCUCCUGUCGAGUUGGUUGUCAACCCUUCGCCUCAUUUUGACCCCAAACUGGACCCGGACCCGGGGCCUUCAGACAUCCCCACAUCCAUCAAAUCCAACGUCAGCGGGGGUCACCUAAGACCCGACCAGCAGAGAGUCAGCGUGUCCGAUCUGACCUCAAGCUCAGCGGUCAUCCGAUGGCCGCCCCAGAACCACAUACCGGGCGUCCGCAUGUACCAGAUCCAGUACAACAGCUCCACUGACGACAUCCUCAUUUACAGGAUGAUCCCAGCCAACCACAAGUACUUCCUGCUGAGCGACCUGGCGUCGGCGCGGGACUAUGAGCUGUGCGUCCUGGCCGUGUACGACGACGGCAUCACCACACUGACCGGCACCAAGCUGGUGGGCUGCGUGUCUUUCAGCACCGACUCUGAGUACGGACACUGUCACUCCAUUCGGGACCAGUUCUUGGGCGGCACCAUGAUCAUCAUCAUUGGGGGGAUCAUUGUGGCCUCGGUGCUCGUCUUCAUCUUCAUCCUCCUAAUGAAGUACAAGCUGCACAGCAACCAUUACAAGCAGAAAGCCGCCGCGCGCCAGGCCAACGUCUGCUCCCAAACCAAUGGAGGGGGAGGGGGAGGAGCCAACAUCCUGGCUCUGCCUCCAUCCUCCUCCAAUGCAGGCCAAGGAGGAUGUGUAAAUAAGCCGUCGUCGUCGUCAGCUGAGGGGGUGGGAGGAGCUUCUCUUCGAGGGACUACUGUGGUGGACCUAAAUCACACCCAUGACGAUGAUGCAAUUUCCCAAUAACACACAAGAAACUGUCAGUCAAACCCCACCAGUCUCCACCUCCCUUCUUUUUUUUCUACUACAACUGUUUCUGGUGCCUGGAGCCAAAACUCCACUUUCCUGCGAGGAGCAGCUCCUGUCAUUGGUGGACAUGCGGCCGUCCACCCGUUCUGGUGAUCAGUUUCUGGACCCGUCUACUCGCCGUGGUGCGCCUGCUGGAACCUCCAGAGUGACACCUGAAGGGGGACAUCUACAAUAGCAGUGGUUACGCAGAAGCCUCCAUGCCGCUGGGACGGACAUGUGGGACGCAGGUCGGGCCUCCAAGCCUGCUGGUGUUCGGCGCUGCUUCACCGGGGCUUUUUACAGAAGAAUGGCCCGGUUCUAGAGGAGCUCUCAGUUCUGGAGGAUUUCCCAGAGAUCCAGUUCCUGAAACCUGACAGUUGGAAUCUGCUCCUGGAAUGUACUGAUGGGUUUUCUGGAAGCUUUCAGGAUGUUCUGCUGGACAUUUGGUGGCGCCGCUCUCCUCUUUCCCCACUAUAGUCAUAUGCCAAAGGGUCACAGUAUUAUGACAGCAUUAUUUCAAUGACAGGGCGCACAGACAUCCCUAAUCAAACCCUGUUUUUACUCUUAGCACUGAAAGAGAAGUUGGGCCUUCUACUGAGAAGAAAAACCACAUAAACAGCUCACUGUCAGAGUCUUGUCUCAGAGCAUCAGUAAUAAAAAAACUGUCAAACAGUGAACUCCUGCGGCACUUUAGUCAUGAGUUUGUUCUCAUUUCAUCUCUCUUCAUUUUCUCCAACAAAUAAUAUAUUCUCCAGUAUCUUGAUGGAACCCUUCUGGCUCUGGGUGACACUAGAAAAUCUUGAAGCAAUGCGUGUUUCUACGUCCAUGGGUGGAUUUAUUCUCUCUCGUGUGCCAAGAACGGAGCCUUGAGGAGCUCCGGUGGCACAUGUGAAGCUCUGCAUUUGAUGCUGAAUCUGAUGGUCUGUUUGACUCUGGAAACUGCACAAGCACAAAGACUGAAGAACUUGACCAUAAAUGGUAAAAACCUCUUCCAGCUGGCUAUUGAGGUGGUUUCUCAUGUGUGGAACAGAUGAAGACGUGGCCAGCAGAACUCGCGCUGUCCCUCUCCUGCCUCCCCCUCCCUCCUUCUUUGCUGUUUGACAGUGUCUGUGUUUGUGUGUGACAUACACCUUACAGUCUUCGAUUGUUUGAAACCCAUGAUUUACUUUAAAUAUAACAAAACAAACUAUCACACCACGGAAAAAAAACACAACAAUGUGCAAAUCUGGGAUUUUAUGCUUUCAUAGAUACAAUUACGUGGAUUUAUAAUGAAAUAAAAGGGUAUUUUUCUUGGAAA